AAAGACAAUAUAAACAUCCAUCCAUCCAUCUUCUAUACCGCUUAAUCCUUCUCAGGGUCACGGGGAAACCUGGAGCCUAUCCCAGGGAACAUCGGGCACGAGGCGGUGUACACCCUGGACAGGAUACAGUAUAAACACAUUGUCUUUAAAUCUUGUUCAGUUGGAUUCGAGUCAGGUGAUUGACUGGGCCAGUGUAACACCUUGAUUUUUUUUUUCUCUGAAACCAGUUGAGUUUCCUUUGCUGUAUGUUUUGUAUCGUUGUCCUGCUGGAAGCUCCACUCACGUCUCAUCUUCAUCAUCCUGGUGGAUGGCAGCAGAUUCUUCUCAAGAAUCUCCCGGUAAAGGGCUCCAUUCAUCGUUCCUUCAAUUAUAUGAAGUCUUCCAGUACCAUGUGAUGAAAAACAGCCCCACACCAUGAUGCUUCCACCUCCACACUUCACUGUUGGUGUAGUGUUUUUAGGGUGAUGUGCAGUGCCAUGUUAUGUCUAGUGGACACCAUUAAGGACCAAAAAUGGUAAUGGUUUUAAUGGUUAGCUGAUGGUUUGUAAUGGUAUUUGUAGUAGAACUCAUUAAAAUUUCUGUGAUGGUUUCUAUUGGGCAGGGAAUUUCUCAUUUAAAUAAAGACGACUUAUUUAUCUGGAUAACGAAGGCGAGUGACGGGGAAGCCGCAGAUGACUGGCAAGUUGCGACGAGGGGCGUGAACUUCGCGCAAAAGCGAAGUUCACAUGCAACUCGUGCGCACGAGCUGGUCCGCGCGAGCUCUGAGGAUUCCACAUGAUCUGCUAGAAUAGACUAGAUAGAAUAGUGUAAUGUCGCACUUAUAACAUAGACUCCGUUUUCGACUCGGUAUCGGCUGGGGAAUGAUGAUCCAGAAGCGGGACGCGCCGUGGCUCUGGCGCGAGCGCAGAUAAAGCAGUUGUUCUGGCGGUUCACGCGCGCCCUGGGUACCGUAUGCACGCGCGGAUGGGCGCAAUGCUGGAGCGCAACGCGUCUCGGGAGCGGAUGGACUUCAGCUCCAACACCUCGGCUCACAUGGGCAGAGAGCCGGGAUUCGGCGGGCCGGUGCUGGUGCUGCUGGCCGCCGUCAUGCUGCUGCUCAUCGGCGUGAUCGUGCUGGGAAACGCGCUCGUUAUCCUCGCCUUCAAAACGGACCGGAGCCUGAGGAGGCAGAGCAACUACUUCCUACUGAACCUGGCCAUCUCAGACUUCCUAGUGGGGGCCUUUUGUAUUCCAGUGUAUUUGCCCUACAUCUUGACAGGCAAAUGGAUGCUGGGCCGAGGGCUAUGUAAGCUCUGGUUGGUGAUGGACUACCUCCUUUGCACCGCUUCCGUCUUCAACAUUGUCCUCAUCAGCUACGACCGUUUCCUCUCUGUCACCAGAGCGGUGUCAUACCGGGCGAGGCAAGGGAUGACCCGCAGUGCCCUGGCUAAGAUGGCUGCCGUGUGGGUUCUGGCUUUCCUCUUGUACGGCCCGGCCAUCCUGCUGUGGGAGGUGGUGACGGGAGAGAGCCAUGUCCCUGAAGACGAGUGCUUUGCUGAGUUCUUCCACACGUGGUACUUCCUGCUGUCUGCCUCCACACUCGAGUUCUUUUUCCCCUUCCUGUCCGUGGCUUUCUUCAACCUCAGCAUAUACCGCAGCAUACGUGAGAGGAGGCUUCGCUACCAGCAGGACUUGUGCUUCCCCAAGAACCGUGGCAUGACAUCUCCCAAGCACGAGAGGCUUCGCUUGGUCACCUACAUCUGCCGUGGCUCUCUCGUGACGAAGAAGAAGAAGCCGGAAACAGAAGGUGAUCGUUCUUCGCCGUCCGCAGGACGCAUCGACACACGGAGUAUACGAAGCACUCAGUGUACACGCCUGAUUCAGGACAAGAAGAUCGCAAAGUCGUUAGCGGUGAUUGUGUGUGUGUUUGCUGUAUGCUGGGCACCGUACACGCUUCUGAUGAUCAUACGCGCUGCCUGCAGGGGGCACUGUGUAUCAUACCACUGGUACGAAGUGACGUUCUGGCUGCUGUGGCUCAACUCUGCCAUCAAUCCGUUCCUGUAUCCUCUUUGCCACAGCAGCUUCCGCAGGGCUUUCGCAAAGAUCCUGUGCCCCAAACACCGAACCACUGAAGCACCAUCAGAUAACGCAUCUAACAACCAUAGAUAG